GUACGUGGGCUCUGAAACUGACUGAAAUUUUGCUGGGAUGGGGAGGAUUUCUUUUGUAGCUUGAAACUCUGCUUAGUGACCCCGGGUGCCACUCUGACCAGAGGCGAUCUCAUCUGUAAAGCGAGAACGGCGGGCCGUGGCCUGUCCGCUAUAGCGGAGUACUGGCAGACUGAGAACAUCCCCGACCCGUGAGGGAAGCAGUUGGUCAGCCUUGGCUGUUAUUCCAAUCUGCAGAGCAGACAAUCGAGAACUGUGUGCUUCGGGAAACCUUGCCACAGUGAGUGCCUUUAAAUAAAAAACAAAGUGAGGGGCUGAUGGAGAAACCAGGAGUCAAAGCCCUAAUUCUCCCCGUACUCCAGUAAUCCAGACUGAGACAUAAACUCACUUCUAUGAUUUACACAAAGAUAUGGACCAGAACCACAUGGAACAGGAAAGUGGGGGCUGCUCACCCUCUGCCCCUGAGGAGCAUCCAUCAAAGUGGGACCAGUGCCCCUGCCUGGGUCCCUUUCCCUACCGGAUCUCCCCAGACUUGCCCCAUGGUACCUGCCGGCCCCUCCCUGCCUUUGUGACUUCGGGGCACUUGACCUUUGGCCUGCUGGCAGCCAAGGCCCUUCCCAGGCUCUCCAGCCUGGCCUGUCACCACCCACAGUUAAGCAGGACCAAAAAAGUCAUCCUUCAUCCCAGUAACACCAAACUAUCUCAUACAUACACCCCAUUCUGUCAUCACUUUACCCCCAAGAGUCAUUCCAUAAGACAAAUCGUAUUUUGGGGAAAGGAAGAAAAAAAUCAAAACAUCAAAUCGAUACAUUGAAAAAAAAAUCCAAAUCCUGUGCAAUUUGAAACCUUCCAUCCAAGCUUGUCAACCUUCCAUCCCCAUGAAAGCCUUGGUUAGCUACCACUACCUGCCUGCCACAGAGCAGACCCCUGAUGCAUCCUGGUGCGUGAGGCUGGCCACGGUUGUGUCCCCGAAGACCAUCAGCUCCAUGGAGGCCGAGCUCUCACCCCGAUUCCAGACUGAAACCCCGACCCCUAGGAUGCCCCGGACCGUCAGCUCCAUGAGUGCGGAGAACGCACCUCGGUUUGAGGCGGGAACCCCGACCCCCAGGAUGCCCCGGACCGUCAGCUCCACCAGCGCAGAGAUCGCAUCUCGAAUCGAGGCGGGAACCCCAACCCCCCGGAUGCCCAGAACCGUCAGCUUCACGAGUGCAGAGAUCGCAUCUCGGUUAGAGGCAGGAACCCCGACCCCCAGGAUGCCCAGGGCCGUCAGCUCAAGUGCAGAGAGCACACCUCGGUUCGAGGCGGGAGCCCCGGCGCCCAGAAUGCCCAGGGCCUUCAGCAACUCGAGUGCAGAGAUGGCACCUCGGUUCGAGGCGGGAACCCCGACCCCCAGGAUGCCCCGGACCAUCAGCUCCAUGAGUGCGGAGAUGGCACCUCGGUUCGAGGCGGGAACCCCGACCCCCAGGAUGCCCCGGACCGUCAGCUCCACCAGCGCAGAGAUCGCCUCUCGAAUCGAGGCGGGAACCCCAUCCCCCAGAAUGCCCAGAACCGUCAGCUCCACCAGCGCAGAGAUCGUAUCUCGAUUCGAGACGGGAGCCCCAACACCCAGAAUGCCCCGGAUGCUGAAUAUCAGGACCUCUACCUGCCUUUGCUGAGGAACUGAAGUCAGGCCCAGUCAGGCCUCCCAGAGGCUUUGAGUGCAGGAGGCCCAUGGCAGGCAGGGGCUGGCCCUGAGCUGAGCCCUGGAGGUCCAGCACCUCAAGCAGGAGGAAACCCUUCCCUAGCAGAGGCCGGGCCAGCUCCCCCCGGAGGAUCCUCUGGCCAGCUUCCUGAUUUCCUCCCCCACACCCCCUGCUCCAAACCCCCAUCUCUCCUGGGCCCCCACCACUUGCUGAGUGGCCGGUGAAUCACUGGGGGAAAUGACUGAACGUGCAAGGGAGGCCUUCAGAGGCGGGCUGGAGCCUGGGCAGGAAGGCCAGCCUCCAGAGGAUGCCUUUGGGAGCCAGGCCAGGGGGCUUGGGUCACCCCUUGGGGAAGGGGGAGGAGGAAACCCUUCUCAGCUGUUUUUGAAUUUCAUUUCCAAAAAAAUUGCCAGGAUGUCCUUCCCUAAACAGGGAUGUUGGUGCAGGGAAACAGAGGUGGGGCUGCCUCCGAGGGGGAUGGGGUGUGGGGGGUGUGGGAGCUGGGCAGAGGGCUCCAGGGAAGAGAAAUAAACAGGGUUCUGCUUCCACUCAG